AUGGAAUUCCUAAAACAUAUCAAAAGUGACAAUGUAAUAGAUGAGAAUAAUAAAUUCGAUUUAAAAUGUUCACAAACUACACUGUAUUCAACUGUUAGUGGAACUCUAUGUGACGAUACGGUCAAAUUUAAGAGUGAUUAUUGGUGGGCAAAUGUUCGUUCCGUGGUUCAAUUUGGUAAAAUCAUCGAAACAAUUCUCAGUGAUUCACCAGUUACUCAAAUUUAUUUAGAAAUAUCACAAUAUCCUGUUUUGUGUACAUCAAUUCGAGAAUGUAUCGAUCAAUCCGAAUACAAGUCAAUUAUAGUUUUACGUUCACUUAAACGUAAAGAAAAUGAACAACAAACAAUGUUGACAUCGUUAUGUGGUUUAACUUCGAAUUUAAAGCAAUUUUGGACAAAAUUAGCUCUUGCAGCUGUCAAGCAAUUUUAUAUAUUAUUAUCUUCAACAGCAACAUCACUCGCAUUUGAAAACGUACAAUUUUUACAACCAUGUGUAUUGAAUAAAGAUGAACCAACGGAAAUUCAUACACCAAUUCAAAUGCCAUUUCAACAUUUUUUUAUUUAUAGCCGUCGUUAUCCUUCACCUAAAGAUGUAUCAAGCAAAAAUGGUAUAUCAGUAACAGAUAUAUUAAAAGAUUAUACCGAUGAAGAUGAAUUAAAUUUUUAUUCAUUAAAAGAAUGA